AUGUCUUCGUCGCCAUCACCAAGCUCCUCCUCCUCCUCCUCCCCCUCAGACGCAGUCUCCAAGCUCGCCGACAAGAUCCCCUCCUCCGCCCACGAGGCCAAGGAGACCGCGCAGGCCGCCGCGCCCGCCGCCCAGUCCGCGCUCCUGUCGCAGCUGCGCGCCCUCGCGGCGGGCGGCUGCAGAGGCGUUGAUGUGUACCGGUGCGGGCGCGGCCGUGGCCGCGUGCAGUGCCGGCACUCCGAGUCGACGGGGCACCCGAAGGGGCACUGCCCUAGGAACCCCGACUCGCGGAAGAACUACUGGAGCAUGCGCCGCUUCAUCCGCCGCGACGGGCCAGGCAGCGCCCGCUCGCACCGCUGCGACGGCGCCUUCUGCCUCGCGUCGGGCGGGAGCGCCAUCUCGACCGCGUGCUGCAGCUCCGGCGGCGACAUAAACCCGAAGAGCGGCCCGCGCUCGACGAAGACCGGGACCUGGACCUCCUAUUGGAACUGCGCGAGUUUCCCCCGCCACUACCGGCAGUACCCCUACCGCCUCUCCUUCGGACGCCGCCGCUCGACCGGCCAGCUCUCCGGAAGCCCCGACUGCCCCCUCUGCCGCGGCUGCUAA